CCGCGCCAGCCGGCCGGGGCCCGCCCCGACGCCCGGGCCCCGUCAUGCUGGUCACCGUGUACUGCGUGCGGAGGGACCUGUCCGAGGCCACCUUCUCCCUCCAGGUCAGCCCGGACCUGCGGCUGCACGACUUCCGCGGGCUCUGCGCGCUCGAGUGCGGCGUGCCCGCCGACGAGAUCCAGCUCCUGUUCCUGGAGCGGCUGCUGGCCGACGACGGCCGCUCCCUGGGCGCCUACGGCCUGCGAGACGGCGACGUGGCGCUGCUGCUGCAGAAGGACGGCGCGGGGCCUCGGCCGCCCGCACGGGGCGCCGGCCUGCGGCGCCCCGACGGCCCGGCCUCCGGGGGGCAGGGGCCCGCGCGAGGCCGGCGCAGCCCGGCCCCGACGCGCAGCACGCUGCUGGCCACGGCCCCCGCCCCGGCGCUGCCCCAGGGGCGCAAGCAGCCCCCGGCCGAGGCCCCGCUCGGCGGCGGCCUCGAGACCCUCCCGCAGGCCCUCCCGCGGCAGCAGACGGACAGGGCGCUGCGCGCGCGGGAGCGGCUGCGUCUCGUGGCCGCCGACCCCUUCGAUCUGGAGGCCCAGGCCAGAAUAGAGGAAGAAAUCCGGCGGCAGAACAUUGAGGAGAACAUGAGCAUCGCGAUGGAAGAGGCUCCGGAGAGCUUCGGGCAGGUGACCAUGCUCUACAUCAACUGCAAGGUGAACGGACACCCUCUGAAGGCCUUCGUGGACUCCGGGGCCCAGAUGACCAUUGUGAGCCAAGCUUGUGCCGGGAGAUGUAACAUCAUACGGCUGCUGGACCGCCGCUGGGCUGGCAUCGCCAAAGGGGUGGGCACGCAGAGGAUUAUUGGCCGGGUCCAUCUGGCCCAGAUGCAGAUCGAAGGCGACUUCCUCCAGUGCUCCUUCUCUGUCCUGGAGGAGCAGCCCAUGGACAUGCUUCUAGGGCUGGACAUGCUCAGGAGGCACCAGUGCUGCAUCGACCUGAAGAAAAACGUGCUGGUGAUCGGCACCACGGGCACGCAGACGCGCUUUCUGCCGGAGGGGGAGUUACCCCCGUGUGCCAAGCUGGUGUGCGGUGCCGGGCAAGAAGGCUCUCCAGACAAGGAAGCAGCGGAUACCAUUAAGCAUUCGGGCAGGGACUCAGGACGGACAAAGCGCUGAAAUGGGUUAUGAGUACGCCACCACCUUGGGGAAGCCUCAGGUCCGGGGAGAUCCUAAGACAUGAGCUCACUGGCGAUGUAAUCAUUAAAAACAUCAGUGACAACCAAA